AUGGCAUCUGAAAACAAUAGUUCUACUGAAGACAAAUCAUUUCUACCGAAGUUUAUCAAAUGGCCAUUAGAUAUGGGUUUGGAGGAUGAUGAAUUUAGAGCGGGUUAUCCAUUUCGUUCAACAACUCCAGUUAACUCAAAUGAUUUGUGUCAGAUGGAUAAUUUUAAUAUUAAUAAUAGCAAUAUGUCUACAAAUAGCUCUAUUAUGUUCAGCAGCCAACUUUCUGGUAGUAGCAAAUAUCAUCGAGAACAACAGUUCAAUCAAAUACUUGAGCAAUUAACAGUAGCGUCGAACGCAUUGAAUUACGAAGAACAGAUAACUGCAAUUGUGACCAUAUAUGAAAAUCUGAUGGUACCAUUAACAUUUACUCCGCCAACACAAUUUGAUUCAACAGUUCAUAAGAUAGAUCCUAUAGCACAAAAAUAUCUUGAACAAGCUAGUAAAAGCGUACAGCAUCUUGUUGCUAUCAAAACACUUGAUGAUGGCAAUUGUUUGUUCAAUUGCAUCACAUCCUUAAUGCCAAAUUCGGAUUUAUCUGCUGUUGAAUUAAGAGUACGAACUGUUGUCGAACUGAUUAAGAACAAGACUUACUAUAUAAACAAAUAUGCAUAUCUUAUCGGUCCUAUUGAUGAAGCUAUUCGAAGAGCAUGUAACAACAAUCAAUUCUCAGAGCUAUAUGAACUUGCUGCACUUGCCAAUGUGAUACAAUGUGAAAUUCGAAGUGUCUAUCCUUAUAUUGAUUACAGAGCUGAAAUGAAAAAUAUGAAUGCUAUUUAUAAACCUAUACAGUCAUCUACUCCAAUUCGUGGUUAUGUGAUUAUUUUCUGGACUAGUAGCAGGGACGAAGUAACAACAAGAUCACGUACUAAUAGUGGUGGCAUUUGGAGUCCUAACCAUUUUGUACCUCUUGUCAAGUAUGAUGAAAAUUUGAAUGUACUAGAUGACAACCAAACUCCAGAGAAAACAACGACAAAAAAUAAUCAGACGUCUUUAAUUCGAACUCCUGAUUUUUCAUCAACUCGUGAUGUUCGAAAACGUUUUAACUCUUCUACAGAAUUAUCAUCUUCAUUUCAACAAUUAUUGACAAAUUCAAAAAGCUUAGAUGCAGAACGAAAGCAUCGAGAGAGAAUAGAAGAGAAUGAACAGCAACGAAAUGAGCGUCUUGCUCGGGAUCAAUUACACAAAAGAAUUAUGAGAGCGACAGAAAAUGAUCAACAACGAAAUGAACGUCUUGCUGAUCAACGACAUCGAUCGGCACAGAAUCGACUUAAUGAGAAUGAGCAGCGAAGGAGCAUUCGUUUAGCCAGUACGAGAGAACGUUGGAAAGAAUCCCAAGAAAAUAAGGAUGAAGAACAAAAACUUAGACGAGUCCGAAGUAUAAGUAUGCGACGUCGUCAAAAAAUAAUAGCAAAAAAACAGCAAACAGAAUCUAAUCGUUUUCACUGGCCAUCAGCAAUACCAAAUCAACUAAAAGAACGCUGUCUCCAAGAUUUUAUCAAACAAAUGUCGAUGAAUACUUUAAGAUAA